ACAUCACAUGGAACCCUAAAUCGAUCGAGUUCCUCCCAUCCAGCAAUGGCCCCGGCGGCGACCACAAAAAAAGAAGAAAAAAACAAUGGCCUCGGCGGCGACCACAAAAAAGAAGGCAAAAGCAAUGGCACCGGCGGCGACCACAAGAAAGAAGACAAAAGCAAUGGCCCCGGCGGCGCAGGAGGAUUGGUUCAUCAUGUACGGCAUCCCCAAGGUGUCUGAUGAGAUGAGCAAGGAAUUACCCAACGCGUCCUUCACCUUCAACGAGGUUCCGCUCCUUUCCCACCUAACCGUCCCGAGUAACGUCGCUACCCCCGCCGGAAGCGUCGACUACCCGUACAUCGCAGCCACCGACGACUGCGGCCUCCUGCUGCUCUGCGGCUACACCGCUGUCGGGCUCACCUACUACGUCUGCGACCCGUAUUUCCGCAGGACGCUCGGCGUCCUCCCUCCCGACGGCGGCUUCAGCUCCCGCCACUCCGUCGGCCUCAUCCGCAACCGCCUUGGCAGUGGGAUCAUGGUGGCCAAGCUCAACACGGGGCUCUUCAAUACGCAGGCCCGCCGCAUCACACUCUCCUGCACCAGGGACCUGUGCGAGUGGGACAACAAGGAGGCCGAUUGCGGCCACAUCUGCAAGGAGACGAAACCUUGGUGCUGCGAUGGCGUCCUCUCCCACAAGGGAUUCCUGUGGUGGUCCGACCUCUCUUCUUGUAUACUUGCCUGCGACCCCUUCCUGGAUACACCGCCGUUUUACCAAAUCAUGUUCCCGCAUGUCCCUGACCCGCUGCGCGCAGCAUGGUUCCCAGUUCAAGGCGACAAAUACCGCUGCUUAAAGGUCAGCAAAGGCCGUCUACGGUACGUGCAGAUCCAUGGCGAACCCCCCCUGGUCAGCAUGUGGACGCUGUCCUCCAACAAUCCGUCGGACGCGGCCUGGGAGCUUAAGCUCAAGGUGCACUUGCCUGAUAUCUGGAGCCACCGGACCUACAAGUCUAGUAUGCUUCCGGAGGUCGUCCCCACGGUUGCGCUCGUCCACCCAAUGAACGCCAACAGGGUUUACUUCUUCCUGGGCCACCACAUCCUCUGCGUCAAUCUGAAGAAAAAGAAACUGAGGCAGUGUCUCGAGUUGAACAACCAGGAGCUGCCGGCACUCUCCUCCCUCGUUGUCCAUUCCUGGAAUUUGCCGGCAGGGACCACGAAAAUCCAUCUCUCUGGGUCUGACAAGUCUCAUGUCCCUGGGGUUCAUUUCCUGGGUCACUAUGACUCGGUGGAUGGUUUUCUUGAGAAAGCAUUAGCUGUCAUGAGCAGGUCGUGUCCCGAAUUGUUUGGCAUGGGUCUGGAUGAACUUGAAGAAGACGAAGAUCAAUCUGUGACCAUGGACGAAUCUGAUGAGGGAGAUGACUCUGAGAUGGAGUAACUUGAAGAGGACGGAAAUGACUGUGAGAUGACUGAGGAACCUGAAGAGGACUGAGAUGAUGGAGGUGAUUUAGAUCCAAGUGUGUUAGCUGUUGUUACGCAGGGCUGCUUCACUUCAACUUCUGUUUGCUCAUACUCUUUAGAGCUGUAGUCAUUAUAUAUUUCAGAAGGCACAGAACAAGGAUGUUUUAGUGAAGGUGCUUUUUUAUUUGAAAUAUCUUUAGAGUUGUAGCCAUUGUGCAUUUCAAAAAUCAGAACAAGAAAGAAUCUCAUCUGAGGGAGAGAGAGAGAGAGGUGUGAGGGUGAGUACACAUGGAUGUAGGGUAUAUUUUCCAUAUUUUUUAUGUGACACUCUUGACUUUUUGUAAUUUCGCCAGUUAGAAAAGAUGUUGGUAGACAUAUGUUGGGAACAUUUUGAUCAAGGAAAUGAUUUGGAUGCCAAAAAAUAUAUCUCCGCAAGUUAAUUCUAUGUUGAAACUAUGAAUGCCUUAAUUCAUGCCGACCAUGGCACUACGAAAAAUAUU